GAGACUAUUGCCAGGUCGACCUUUGGUGGGUGUUGGUAAGACAUUGCGUCGAGUUUGGUGGGAACAUGUAAGCCCAUCAAAAACCCUGCGCGGUAGCGGAAGACACUACAAUAAAAGCAGUACGUUCCUGAAACGCGAUGAGCUCACCACGUUAAUAGGUCUUGGUAACCAAUUGAUAUGGCCUGGUGAAGAAGCGGUAGGGUGUGCCUGGGAGCGGAUGUAGUCGUGGCAACCAGACUACAAUUCCAUAUCUAACAGACACCCCAGUGCAUGGAAGAAGAUAGCGUACCGCAAGGUAAAAUAUGGUUACAAAAAGGUGCCAGGCGUGAAACAGAGUCACACGGUUCCAAAAUACAGAAACACAGCUGCUCCGUCCCACGCCACACACGUCCUCUACCCCCCUCACAUCCGAAUCACACCAUCCCUAGACAUCCACAUCGCCGCCAAAACCCCUCCAUCAAUCGCAUACGCCACAGACACCUGCGACAACUCCACACUCCCAAAGACCGCCCUCUCCACGCCAUAAUGCCACAGCGGCACCGCCAAGCUCACCAUACACGCAUCGUACCAGCCCUUCUCCCCCCAGUAGUACCACGCUCCGAAUCGCAGGAUCCCGCACAGAAAGAACCACGCGCCGAGCGAGCGCGCGGCGAGGGCGGUGAAGUGCGGGCGGUGGGUGGGGGUGUAGUUGGCGCGGAUUGCGGAGGGCGAAAAAACAAGGGAGAUGUAGCCGGCUACGCCGAUGAAGGCGGUCUAGACGAGGGUUAGAUGGGUCGGGCGGAAUGAGAGGGUGGGCGCACGAAGAGGAUGGCGUAGCGAAGGUACGUGUGUUCGGGGGCGGCGAGGUCAGCCAUGGGUGGCGGUCGUUUUUGGGACUGUUUCUGUGGCUGUCAAUCGUUUGGUUGCCGACUUGGGGUAGCUCGCACUAUAUGUUCUCCACGUGCUUGUUUGUAAUCACAUUACAAGCGUAGGUAUGUAUG